CAUAGCUGAUGUCACGUCAGCUGCGAGUCCGGAUCGCGACGGGCGUGAAUAAACUUUCAUUGCUUUAUUACGGAACAUAAUAAUUUUGCUGUGCGUUCGAGUACAAUGUGCGCCUGGAUAAGAAAGUCAAGUGUUAAUCUCUUGUGACUUGUGUUAUUCUCUUUUGCAGACCAACAUUCCGUUGCAUAAACUCGCAAAAUGGGUGCGAAAUACAAGUUCAUGUUUGUGUUAUUUAUUUUUCUUAUAAGUGAAUGUGUGCCUAGAUCUAUAGAGGAUGACGAGGAGCCGUUCUUGGCGAGUCCUAAAUACACGAAAUACGAAGAAAUGGUCAAGCUCUUAGAUAAGUUAGAAACUUCAUAUCCGGAACUGGCAAAAGUUUACUCAAUUGGAAAGUCUGUUGAAGGACGCCGACUUCUAGUAAUACAGAUUAGUGAGGGUAUACACAAGAUUCAUCCCGAGAGGCCCUCGUUCAAGUAUGUCGCGAAUAUGCAUGGAGACGAGUCUGUGGGUCGAGAGCUGGUUAUUUACUUGGCUCAGUACUUGUUGCUCAAUUACGGCAAAGAUGAUAGAAUAACAAAACUAGUCAACAGUACGGAUAUUCAUUUGAUGCCGACACUGAACCCUGAUGGAUUUGAAGCUAGCAAGGAAGGUUCCUGCGAAUCACCCAACGACUACAAAGGCAGAAAUAACGCUAACGGUAUAGAUUUGAACCGCGACUUCCCAGACCAAUACGAUAAGAACAAAUCGAACGACGAGGAAUACCUGUUCAGGGGCAGGCAGCCGGAGACUGCGGCUAUGAUGCGGUGGCUCUUGGAGAAGCAGUUCACACUGUCGGCUAAUUUGCACGGUGGCGCUGUUGUGGCCAGCUACCCUUACGAUUCUAGUUUCGACGACAACUGCUGCGUCGAGAAUCGUUCGCCCGAUGACGUCAUAUUCAAACACUUGGCGAGCGUGUACGCGUCGCGGCACGAAGACAUGAAGGGGGGGAGCGCGUGCAAGCCGGAACACUUUGACAAUGGUUUGACAAACGGCGCUUAUUGGUACUCGGUUAAGGGCGGCAUGCAAGACUUCAACUACCUCCACUCGAACUGCUUCGAGGUGACCUUCGAGCUGAGCUGUUGCAAGUAUCCCUUCGCGAAGGAACUGCCCAGGUUCUGGAGGGUCAAUCGCGAGCCGCUGCUGGCCUUCAUGGAGCAGACACAGAUGGGGGUCAGGGGGUUUGUGCUAGAUGAGGGAGGAAACCCUGUUAAGAAUGCGCAAAUAAAAGUGGAUGGGAUCGGUCACACGGUGAGAACCACCAAACACGGAGCGUACUGGCGACUGUUGCUGCCAGGAGAAUACAAUAUAACUACUGUUGCAGCCGGUUACUCCACCCCGCCGCCAAUCACCGUAAAGGUGGGUGACGCCCCGACCGUCGUCAACCUCACCGUGCACCGUCGCCCGCGCACCCUCACCGACGAGGUUAAAAGAAGGGCGCGUCACACAAUCGACGGUCUCUCUUCGCCAGACUUCGUUCACCACAGCUACGAGAAGAUGGAGAAAUUCCUGAAGGAUCUGAACGAAAAUUACCCGGAUAUAACGCGGCUGACCAGUAUAGGAAAGUCCGUGGAAGGACGUGAUUUAUAUGUCCUGGAGGUGACUGAAAAUCCGGGAAAGCAUAUACCCGGCAAACCCGAGUUCAAGUACGUAGCCAAUAUGCACGGCAAUGAAGUAGUGGGUCGCGAAAUGCUGCUCCUAUUGGCCAAAUACCUCUGCCAACAAUACACAAACAAGGAUGACAGAGUUCAGAAGAUUUUAAACUCGACCAGGAUUCAUAUUAUGCCAUCCAUGAACCCUGAUGGAUACGAACAUUCGAGAAUGACGGACUACGGUAGCAUACACGGGCGGAACAACGCCCACGAUAUAGAUUUGAAUAGAAACUUUCCCGAUCAGUUUGGAAUUAAUUCGGAGAACAUGACACCAGAACCGGAAACGCUAGCUGUUAUGAACUGGUCUAUGGCCAUACCGUUUGUCCUGUCAGCCAAUCUCCAUGGUGGUUCUUUGGUAGCCAACUAUCCAUAUGAUGGGAAUGCUGUGAUGAAGGACGGAAUCAAAAAUCUAACGCCCGAUAAUGAUGUUUUCGUCCACCUGGCCCAUGUUUACUCUGAAACGCAUCACAAAAUGCAUCUCGGCCAACCGUGCACCAGAGCGAGCCUCGAAAGAUUCCCCGAGGGAAUUGUCAAUGGCGCCGAAUGGUAUACUCUGACGGGAGGUAUGCAGGAUUGGAACUAUCUCCAUACCAACGACAUGGAGAUAACACUAGAACUCGGCUGCUACAAGUUCCCUCCGGCGAGCGACUUGCCCUCUUACUGGGAGGACAACAAGGAUGCCCUCUUGGCGUUUAUCGAACAGGUACACCACGGCGUUCACGGUUUCGUCCACAGUCACAUCGGGCAUAGACUAGCCAACGUGACCAUAAGUGUGGCCGGCAUAAACCAUAACGUGAAGACUGCCAAGGACGGCGACUAUUGGAGGCUGCUCGUGCCCGGCACGUAUAACAUCACCGCGAGUAAAGAUGGAUACGAAAACAUAACGGAACAAGUGACCGUCCCACUGAACGGAUCUGUCAGUCUGAACUUUACGUUGAUGCCAGACGAUCCUCAGCAUUGGUCAUCCGCGUACGACUUCCGAGUAUUAGAGAACAUAGUGAACACGCAGUACCACACGCCACUGGAGAUUUACGCGGCGCUCGCGGAGUUGGAGAACAAAUUUCCGGAUAUUGCCGAAUUUCGAGCUGGAGAUAGUCUAAAGACGUCUAUGUUGCACGAAUUGAAGAUUACUGACGAUGCUGGUUCGCCGGAAGAGGCGAAAUUCCACAUCGGAAUAAUAAGUAACCUCUACGGAUCGCAGCCUCUGGGUCAGGAGAUGCUUCUGAACUUCGCGCGUCACCUCUCCACUGCGUAUCAGAUCGGCGAACCGAUUCACAGGCGCUUGCUCAAAAACGCAGUGUUCCAUUUCAUACCAAAUUUGGAUCCCCUUUUCGAGAAGGUCCUGAAAACCUUCGAUGGCACCGAGAAGUGUGAUGUGGAAGUACUGGAAGAGGAGUUCGGUGACAGCGUCUAUAAUUACCUAACCAAGAAGGACCCUAAUCCGUUGUCGAAUUACACGAGAGAGAAGGCGUUCAUCAAUCUCCUGCAAAGCGAAAAGUUCGAUUUGGUUCUCGAACUUUCCUCCGGGACCGAAGAUGUCGCUUUUCCAGAAUAUUCCAAGAACAUAAAUGAGAAAUUCGCCCAGAAGUAUAGAGAUAACAGGGCUUUUGUGGAUAGGUAUCAGUGUAAGACAAGGAACAAUAUCGUCCAUGGGAACCUGAUUGAUCUCUUGUUUGAACGAUUCAAUACUCCGGUGAUUUCUGUGGGGCUCAGUUGUUGCAAGAUGCCCUCGAACAAAGACAUUGCGUGGGUGUGGAGGGACAAUCUGAGGGGAAUUAUGAAGUUUAUUGAAUCUGCAAACACAGGUAUAAUGGGGUAUAUAAAGAACGAGGAGGGUGGCGCGAUGCGCGAGGCGAGCCUGGCGAUCGCGGGCACGUCGCGCCAGUACCGCGUGUCCGCCAACGUGGCGCUGUACCGCGCGCUGCUGCCGCCCGGCGACUACCGCGUCAUCGUCCGCUGCCACGGGUACCAUGAUCAGAUGCUAACAUGGCGAGUAGUGGAGGGUGUGGUCAAACAAAAGGACAUUAUAAUGAAGCGAAUCAAUGCGGAACCGAUGCCAGGCCAGCUACAGCCGAUACACCUGGCGAAUGAUCCAGAUCAAGUGUAUGUUACUGGUCUGGCUUUGGACCACAACAGUCUACCUCUGCCGACAGACCUUACCGUAUACCCAUUGGACUCUAAACGGCCUCUCACCUCGAAUAUGACGGACGUGAAUGGUCGGUUUGUAGUGACUUUACCAGUGACUUAUAUGGGACACGAGGUCAGAAUCGUGGCUGACAGCGAUGGUUAUAUACCGACUAGUAGACAUAUUAAGAUAAGUAGCAGCGAGAACGUGACGCCGAAUGUUCUGUUCAAACUGGAGCCCGAUGAUAAAGUUUUGGGCAUGCCGCGGCUAGUAUUCGUCAUGGUUGCAGGUAUCCUAGGCGUGUUCGUAGUGACAAUAGGCGCUUGGUGCUUCAGCUGCCGCGAGCGGAAGGACUCGAGGCGGGAGUAUCUCUUCACCCAGCUGCCGGCUGAUGAUAAGCGGCCGCUGUGUGAUGACGCUGCUUAUGAUAUUAUCCGGAAACCGUAUUAUGAUGAAGAGGAUCUUCCACCAUCAGAAACAGACUCGGAAGACGAGGUCGUUCUACUCAGAUCGGAUACGGAGUGGAAACAGAUGGCGAAAGAAUAAAUGGAAAUUUCUAAAAUGUUCUUGUAUAUUAUAUAUACAGUACUAAUGAUGUAGGUCUCAAAUUUAAUUACGUUUUGGGAUAGAUAUCUAUUUCUCUUGAUAGCUGAUCAACUGCCGCACUCAGAUAUAUUAAAGCCAACAGAGAGCCAAUUAAACAUUUUAUGUAAUUUGUUUAAAGUGACCCUAUAAUAUACUUUCAUGUGCAUUUACAAAAUAAUGUUUUAUAUAUCAAGCAAUAGGAGAAAGUAACAAAAUUUAUCACUUUGUCUGAGUGCGACAGAAGAAUCUAGAAAAUUUGUGUUGUGUCUCUGUCAUUCUAAUUAUAUUUUACGUAUGGGUGAAUGUGACAAUACAUCGGAGAAGACUUUCACAUUAUUGACCGAUCGAAUUUAUAAGGCUGAUGAGUGUAUUAGUAAAAGAUUUACUCCAUUCCAUAUAUUUUAUGAAAAAUAUAUAAUAUUAUAUAAAAAUUAUAUAAAUAAUAUUAUCAAUCCAUAAACCAUAAUUUUCUUAACACAGAUUGCCAGAGCAGAUCCUAGUUGGAUUUCAAAAAUAGAUGUUUACGCGCUAAGAUUUUUUUUUUAAUUCAUUCGUUCGUUUUUCAAAUGAUGAUUUACGAACGACCGCUACUUGAUAUUUGGGCGAAUAGAAUUCAGUUUAAUACCGUCUGUUAAUGAUUGGUCUAAUCAAUAAAAUAAGUCAAAUCAUUACAGUUACUAAUGACACAUUUUUUUUAAACAUGAAUUAUAUACUAACCUUUUCCUUAAAGAAAGAAUAUGAUAUUCUGUCAACGCAUUUAAUGUAUUGAAUGGAGUGAUUUUGACAUCAUAUACGAAUGCAAUGAACUGAGUAAUUUAUAAUGACUGUAUUUUUAAAUAGGUUGUUUUUUUUCUGGCUAUGCACUCAUAAACUUCCAUACUAUAACUUCACCUCGCUCACAAAUACUUUUUAUACGCACAAUGCUCAUAUACUCAGUUCAUUUCUCAUUCCUCACAUUUAGUAUAAUUAUUGCAUAUAAAGCAUAGAAUUUUAAUAAAUACGAUAAGUGAUUUUAAGUAUUAAAAAAAAAUUCCACAAACUAUUUUGACACAAAUAUCUAUUUUAAUUUAUACUAAAUUAUUUAUUAUUUAUUAGAUAUAUAAUGAAAUUUUAUUUAUUUCAUUCUUGCAAAACUUAAACUCUUUGUAAAAAAAUCAUGAUGAUUCAUGGUAUUAAAUAGAUUCAAACAGAAAUUUUCCGCUCUCUUUGAAGCUGAUUUAAAUCAUGAAUAAUUUCUAGAACAAAUGUUUUGACAAAAUUAUCAGUAUUUGGUUUUCUAUAUCUACAUGAAUUUAUACGAAAAUAAACAUUCCUUCUUUUUUUCAUCAAUUUAUAUUUUACAUUCUCAUCUAUAUAGCUUAAGUAAGUAGUUCCUAGUGAAAACUUGUAUGUAUUGUUUAUUAAUAUACUGUUUUUGCAUAAUGCUUUUAAUGGAACACAUUCCAGUGUGACAAAAUAUACAAACACAUAAUAAAUAAACUUUACCUACGUUUUGACGUAAGUAUCUAAACAUUUCAAUUUUAUUAAUCUGUAACUUUUUAACAACUUAUUAUAUAUUUUGAUGGUUUUUUUUACAGUGUAUAUGGUAACAUUUCUUCUAUUAUUUUAAUAUACCUAUAUAUUUUAAUUAUAUUAAUCAAUUAAAUUUUUUAUGAUAUUUUAAAUUUAUUCCUUUUACACUGUGUUUUAAAAUCGAAUCUCAAUUGAAAGCAAUACAUAUUAUAACAUUAUUAUUAUAUAAUUAUUUAAGGUGCUAUUGUUUAAAAAACUAUAUUUAUUUUAGUAUCAUGCUUUCAUGUGAUAGUUCAAUUUUAAGGUAUAAUAAAGUAUUAAUAUAA